AAGCCCCUCCGUUUCAUCUGCAACCCAGCCCUUCGCUUUCACCAUCUUCCCUUCUCUCUCUCUCUCUCUCUCUCUCUUGCGAAAACUCCUGAUAGAUUCACCGAAAGUCCGGCCGGAAAGUGAUCAUAUACGACCAGAUAUCUCUGAGUAUCAGUCAAAGUAGCGAGAGUUGAAGCCGGGGAAAAGAGCAACAUUAGUAGUCUGUGGAGAGCUUUUGAAUUCGAUAGAUGCCGAUGGCGGCAGGGGCAGCAUCGCCGGCCGAUAAGGCGGCUCCGAAGGCGGUACCGAUGCAGGAGCCGGAGAUGGAAACGGAGGUGAAAGACGCGUUCGCCAAAGACGCGAUCAUCGCCUGGUUCCGCGGGGAGUUCGCGGCGGCCAACGCCAUUAUUGACGCUCUGUGCGGGCACCUGGCUUAUGUGGCGGGUGGAGCGAGUCCAGAGUACGAGCCGGUGUUCGCGGCGAUCCAUCGCAGGAGGCUCAACUGGAUUCCUAUCCUCCAGAUGCAGAAGUAUCACUCCAUUGCUGACGUGGCGGCUGAGCUGCGGAAGGUGGCCGCAAGAAAGACGGAGGAGCUCGAGGAAAUCAAGACGAAGAAAGAGAGCUGUCACGAGGAGACGAAAGCUUGUAUGGAUGUUGAAGAGGAGAAAUUCGCGGAGAAGUCGUCGGGAGAUGACGGAAAUGGUGUUGGAGAAGAAGUCGAGGAUGAUUCUCCAGCUAGUGAUAUUACUGAUUCAGGAUCUCAGGAAUUGCAACAUUCUAUUGAAAGUAUUGAAAUAUGCUCAGACCAUAAAGAUUGUAGUUCACGAAAUUCUCAAAUCAAGUUGACAAAAGGUUUUUCAGCUAAAGAACAAGUGAGAGGACAUAUGGUGAAUGUUGUGAAAGGACUAAAAUUGUAUGAAGACAUAUUUACAGAAUAUGAAAUAUUUAAAUUGACUGAUUUUGUGAAUGAAAUUCGGGUUGCCGGCCAGAACGGAGAACUUUUAGGUGAGACCUAUAUUUUGUUCAACAAGCAGGUCAAGGGAAACAGGAUUGAAUUGAUCCAAUUUGGGGUUCCAAUUUUUGGUCACAUAAAAGAUGAACCCUCUGGUGACAACCAAUCAAGUAAUAAUCUCGAGCCAAUUCCACCUCUUCUCGAAAGUGUCAUUGAUCACUUAGUGCAGUGGCAAUUAAUACCUGAAUAUAAAAAACCAAAUGGUUGUAUCAUUCACUUCUUUGAUGAGGAUGAAUAUUCACAACCUUUCCUAAAACCACCUCAUUUGGACCAGCCUAUCUCUACUCUCCUACUUUCCGAAUCAAGCAUGGCUUAUGGGCGCAUUCUUGUAAGUGAUGGUGAUGGAAACUACAAGGGACCACUCAUGCUUUCACUUAAAAAGGGGUCUCUGUUAGUAAUGAGGGGAAACAGUGCUGACAUGGCAAGACAUGUAAUGUGCCCAUCUCCAAGCAAAAGGGUCAGUAUCACAUUCUUCCGAGUUCGUCCUGAGUCUAUCCAACACCAGGCUCCACCAACUACUCCCCAGGCUGAUGCCAUGACUUUGUGGCAACCAGCCGUCCCAAGCCCCUAUCCAAUGCCAAAUGGAGCUCUCAAUGGCUACGAGUCCAUGAAUGGGAUGUCCAAAUGGGGAAUCCUUCGUGCCCCUGUGGUCAUGUUGACUCCAGUUCGUCCUGUGAUGCUGAACCCUAAAAGUCUCGAUCGGGGUGGAGCUGGCACCGGAGUCUUCUUGCCAUGGACAGUCGCUUCGAGGAAGCCUACCAAACAUCUUCCACCUCGUGCGCAAAGAGGACGUCUUCUUGCAUUACCUUCAUCAAGCAAAACACAUGUGGCAGAGUCCACAUCUGAGGCAGGUAUCAGCAUUGGAGGUUAGUGAGUAUUUGAAUUUAGCCUCUCAGGUAGUGCUGGGCCAAAA